UUUUAAAUUUAUACUGAUAGAAAUUACAAGUUCUCUGUAAAUUAUUUUAAAUAUUUUUGAAAAUUUAAUAUUGUUAGUCUUAAUUUCAUUAUUUGUUUUUUAAUAUACUUUUUACAUAUUCCAUAUUAAUUUUCAAUAUAAUCACAAUAUCCCAGCUGCGGGUAAAUUUCAUUUUACAGCAACACUGUUUGUGCUAAAAAUAAACUACGGAAGAUUUACUUUUAUUUUAAUAAUUUCCAUGCAUUUUAAAAGCCAAACAUUUAUCUUUUGAUAAGUUUGCAAUAUAUUUACCCAAAAGUAAUCCCGUUCAAAGUUUAUGCUGAUAACAUAAACAAUUUGUCAAUAUAAAUAACUUGUUGAUUAACUCAUAAAGCAACAAAAACCAACAAAAAUUCGAGCAACCAAAAGUUAAUAAGUUGACAGCCCACGUUGACGUUUGACUUAUGAUUUCUCAUCUGCGCUCUUUUUUCCUCUCCACAAACCGCACAUGCUAAUGGAUUUUUUGCUUUUGUUUUGAUUCGAGCUGCAAACGCUUCCCGUUCAUCAACACCCAUUCUCCUCAUGUGCUAAUUCAAUGUUGACCGAAAGUAAGCACUCACCCACCCACUCAAACAUAUUGUGUAGAGCAGAAAGUCAGUAACAGCAGACGGGAGGUGUAUGUGACAGGCAAAAAGUAAAUUAAGCAUUUACUUCCCCGAUUUCAGUAGACUUUGUGAGUUGUGCGUGAAUGAAGUAUUUCGCUGGCUUUGCCAGUGAAUUCGCAAGUGAAAUUGUAAAAAGAAAGAAGCAAAAUUUCUGCCUAUGCAAAUUAUAUGUAUUACUUUUGACGUUUUCAUAAAUAAACCUAUAAUUAUAAGAAUCUAAAAAUAUACGCUGCACAGCUGGAGCAAUAAUGGCGAGAGUAGCAUGCGUAGGUAUGUGACCGAGACUGUGUUGAGUAUAUGAGAGUUCGUUGCUCAUUCACAUUUAAUUGCCAUGCACUAUCAGGUGCAAAGGGCCAGCGCAUAUGUGAUUUGCAAAUAAUUGUGCAUUAUUUAUUACAUCCCGGUGUUGUGUGGUGUGCAGUAGUCUUUCCUGCUGUCAUAUAUACAGUUAUGUCAAAACGUUUUAUGAAGUUACUUGUGGCCCUUGUCCUUACAUUGAUGUUCACCGUUUCGCUGUUGAAAUUAGUGCUAUUGCUGUGGAGCACCUAUCCGGCAUGGCUAUAUGCGGAUAUCGCAUCGCCCAACGACCCCACCACGGUGGAUGAAUGGCUGGAGCAACAGCAGUUGUCGCAGUACAAGCAGCUCUUCCGGGACAAAGGCAUCUCCUCCUUGUCCAGCUGUGGCGAUCCGGAACGUCUCCCCGAAUUGCCACCUGGCGAUGAACAACGCUUACAACGCGCCGCAUUACAUUUACAACAAAAACUCAUUUUACGCGAAUGGUUACGUGACCAUCGCUUACAACACCACUAUCAGCGUCUACUAGCCGUCGAAGUAGCAUCACUCGAAGAUGUCUACUGGUUGGAGGAUUCACGUGCUACAAAAAUACUCGGUAAAGAUUGGCAAUUAUGGUCGCAGGCACGACAAAAUCUGCCCACAUCCAAGGCACAAUUGGAUGCACUUAAGGCGCAACUUUGGUCAACCGUUGUGAAAUCCAGUCAACAUCAAGAUGCCUGGACAUGGGGUGGCAUGUUAGUGGUAUCCGUAUCGGUGGCCGGUCUUGUCACAUUGGCCGCCAUGACACAGCCAUCACUGGCGCCGGAAGCACGUCAUUCACUUCUACAAUAUGUGACUGGGAAAUAUUUAUUACCUGCCAAUUGCAAAGUGCAAUGGGACUGGAAGGAUCCAGCGGCAGUAGGUGGCACUAUGUGCUUUGUUGUACGUUUUUUUCAACGUAACGGACAGCCUUAUCCCAUCUGUGAUACAGAUCAAUUUUUUGUCGAAGUCACCGAAGGUACACGUAAGGUUGUAACAAUUAGCGAGCUGGGCUCAUCAACAGAUCCGAAUAAUGCGAAUAUCGCCAAAGUGAAAUUUACUGUACGCACAGCGGGACAGUAUAAAAUUUCUGUACUCAUCGGUUCCAGUCACAUUUCCGGUUCACCUUUCACCAAAACAUUUGUACCCGGACCAAUUGAUGCGCGUCGCUCGCGCUUCAUACGUCCAGCUAGCACAGUAAUAUGUUGUGCCGGUACACCGACAAUGUUGCACAUUGAACCGCGUGAUGAAUUCGGUAAUGCUUGUAAUUUCGACGAAAGCGAUGAUCCAGUAAAGGGCUAUCGUGUCGAGAUUUUCGAUUUAAAUGGCGAACCCAUUGAAAAACUACAUCAUGCCAUCGCAUUCAACUAUGACCGCGUGAAUACGCGUGUUGCCGUGACGGCGCUUUUCCCGGAGCCAAUAUGUCUGCGUGCCGUUAUAAGCUACCUUGAACAGAAGCUGCCAAACGGUGAUUUUGACAUCAUCGUGCUGAGUGGCAGUGACACUACGCUAGUGCAUAAAAAUAUCGCAUCACGUAAACAUAAUAUUUGCUAUGAAGCCAAAUUAUUAAGCAUCUACGGCACACCGAAGAGUAAGCCACGUAAAGUCCUCUGCUAUGUGGGCCCCAAACAAAAUUCGCUUAUUUUUCAGGUUACCAUUAAAGAGAUGAUACUGAAAUUUAUACCCAAACGCAUUGCGACAUUCCGUUUGUGUCCGUCAACUAAAUUUCAUUUUUUGCCCACAAUGACCACACAGCCACAUGGACCGGUAUUUAUAAUUGAUGAUGGCGCCCAGCCGAAAAUCGAAUUAGCAUCACGUGAUCGCAAUAUUAUUGCAGCAACUUUUACACAUUUUUUGUUGAAGAAUAUUGGUGGUUCGGAAACGUUUAAGGAUAAACAGGACUUUUUCUAUCAUGAAGUGCGCAAAUUUCAUGCGAGCUACUAUCACGAAAAGCUCGCAUUGAAGGUGAAUCGUGAAAAAAUAUUAGAGAGCAGCAUGAAAGCCACUAAAGGGUUCUCUGUAUCCGACUGGUGUGGUAACUUUGAGGUUACGUUUCAGGGAGAGCAAGGCAUCGAUUGGGGUGGACUGCGGCGUGAAUGGUUCGAAUUGGUUUGCAGCGCAUUAUUCGAUCCACGCGGCGGACUCUUCUGCACAUUUCAUGACAAACAUCAAGCGCUGGUACAUCCAAAUCCAAAUCGGCCAUCACAUCUCAAACUGAAACAUUUCGAAUUUGCCGGCAAGAUUGUGGGUAAAUGUUUGUACGAAAGUGCAUUGGGUGGCACUUAUCGGCAGCUGGUGCGAGCACGUUUUACCAGAUCAUUUCUGGCGCAACUCAUCGGUUUGCGCGUGCACUAUAAGUACUUCGAACAAGACGAUCCCGAUUUGUAUCUAUCCAAAAUCAAAUAUAUAUUAGAUACAGAUUUAGAUGCAACCGAUUCAUUAGACUUGUAUUUCGUCGAAGAAGUCUACGAUACCAGUGGGCAAUUGAGUAAAACUGUUGAGCUAACGCCGAAUGGCUCGAAGGUGCGCGUAUCGAAUGCGACUAAAAAUCAAUAUCUUGACGCUUUGGCGCAACAACGGCUCUGCAGUAGCGUUAAAGAAGAAGUAGAUGCAUUCCUAAAGGGGCUAAAUGGUAUUAUACCGGAUAAUUUGCUGAGCAUUUUCGAUGAGAACGAAUUAGAGCUUUUGAUGUGCGGCACCGGCGAAUAUUCAAUAGCCGACUUCAAGGCUCAUCAUAUCAUAAAUGGCAAUUCUGCUGAGUUUCGACGUGUCCUGGCGUGGUUCUGGGCGGCUGUUAGUAAUUUUAGUCAAACUGAAAUGGCACGCUUGCUGCAAUUCACUACAGGUUGUUCACAAUUGCCACCAGGCGGUUUUCAGGAAUUGAAUCCACAAUUUCAAAUAACUGCAGCGCCGACAUUCGGUAAUCUACCGACAGCGCACACAUGCUUCAAUCAGCUCUGCCUGCCCGACUACGAGAGUUACGAACAAUUUGAGAAGGCACUUCUACUGGCUAUAAGUGAGGGCAGUGAAGGUUUUGGCAUGGUUUAAGCGUCUCUGCCAUACUGUCGACAUUCAGUAUCCGUUAGAGCUAUGUAAAACUAGUCAGAUACAUACAUAACAAUAAGUAUAUGUGUAUGAAAGUAGUUGUUAAACACUUGUCUAAAUCAGUAAUUGUGUUCCUUUAAUGAAUUGUUAUAUAACAAUAAGUGUGGUAAAUUCCAAAGAGAAUGUGUAUGUUGCGCAAAAAUUUAUUUAACUUUCGAAAUUCAUAUUGAAAUGCAAUAUAUUUAGCGUAAAUAAGUUAAAUAAAUAACUAGAAAAGCAAUAAGUAAUAAAAAAAGACCGAUAUCAUCAUCAA